AUGAGCCAGAAUAAUUUGGAAAGGGCUGAUGAUGAGGUCAGGAAAGAAGCGCCUAGUAUAAAGUUUCUUACGUUCAAUACUUGGGGGCUAAAGUGGGUGUCGAAAUACAGAAAGCAGAGAUUGCGAGCUAUCGCAGAUGAGCUGGCUGGCAAAUCAUGCUCCGUUCCACUACCUGGUAUUGAGUCUUCUGGAGCAGAUGAUCGGUACGAUGUUGUAGCUUUACAGGAGAUUUGGUGCAAAGAAGAUUGGGAUUACAUAGCGGCAACGUGCGCUGAAGCUUUCCCUUACCAAAGAAUAUUUUACUCUGGGAUUCUUGCUGGACCUGGACUGGCCAUAUUGUCAAGAAUCCCUAUCGAAUCGACGUUUCUAUACCGUUUUCCAAUUAAUGGUAGACCCAGUGCCGUACACCGGGGUGAUUGGUAUGUGGGCAAGUCUGUAGCCAUCACUCUGCUACAACCGGUGGAUAAGAUGACCCAUCCCGUGGCCAUAAUGAACAGCCAUAUGCAUGCUCCGUAUGCGUUGACCGGAGAUGCAGCAUAUGCCUGUCACAGGUCUUGUCAGGCAUGGGAUUUCAGUAAAUUGGCAAACCUAUACAAGAAGGCAGGCUAUGCAGUAAUCAUCUCAGGAGAUUUAAAUUCAAGGCCCGGAUCGUUGCCUCACAAAUUUCUUACAAUGGAAACGGGACUGGUUGAUUCGUGGGAGCAACUUAGCGGUAAGCAGGAUCUACAAGUAGUCGCAAGGUUGAAUCCUCUAGAACAGAUCAAAUACGGUUGUACCACUUGCGAUUCGUUGCUUAAUACAUGGAGGGCAUCUCGUAAACCCGACGAGGCUUGCAGACUUGACUAUGCUCUAAUUGAUCCUGAGAGACUGCAAACGACACAGGCAGGGGUCAGAUUUACCAAUAGAUUACCUAAUGUUGGCAGUUUUUCCGACCAUUUUGCCUACACUUGCACUUUGAAACUUUUACCAAAGAAAGAACCUGUCACCGUCGACAUUGCCAGUGAUAGCAAGGAUUCCAGAGACCUCUUAUUGCAGCGGUAUGCCAAUUACGACGAGAUGAUUCAGUGUUUAGCAAGCUAUUCAGUCGUCGCCGCAAGGCAAAAAUUUCUUCGUGGAGUCCAUUUUUACUUCUCAAUCCUACUACUUAUCGGUGCUUUGGUAGUGACCACUUUCACUGCCAAUUUGGCCGGCUGGUCAUCUAUCUUCUGGGUACUUUUCGCAGUGGUAGUCUCUAUAACCGGAACGAUUGACGGCAUGAUCUCCUUCCUGUUUGGAAGAAAAGAGACCAGAGCUCUCAAGGAGGUAGAGGAAGAGGUUCUCUGUGCCCAAAGAUACAUGAGGACCUUGCUAAAGGAGAAGACGAAGUAG